AUGUCAAGUGGGAUUUGGCAGAGAGGUGAAGAUGAAGAAGGCUUUUAUGGGUUUUUACCUGAGGAUAUCCAAAAAGAAAUUAAUAGAGCUGCAAGACUGAAAUGUACCGUCUGCAAGAAAAAAGGUGCUUCAGUUGGUUGUGUGGCUUCCAGAUGCAAACAAAGCUACCACUUUCCUUGUGGGGUAGAGAGAGGAUGCAUUUUCCAGUUCAGGGAAAACUUUCCUCAGGGCCAAGCGCUAAGUGCAGGGGUGUCUUUCUUUAGAUGCCCAGUAGGCAAUUACAAAGAUAAAUUUCAGCAUGAAAUGUUGCGAUUGGGCAUACAUAUUCCAGAAAGCCCGUGCCCUUCCUCUACAGCGCACUUGCUGGCGUGCCCUAACCACUCUGUUUGUGAUCAUCUUCAUAAGUGCUGCCUGGAACUACUUGCCUCUCAUUACCCAACUGGAAUGGAGAACAUGGCUUCAUUAAAAAACGAAGAGCCUAUCCCUCUGUGCUUUCCCAUUUGCCUGGUUCUCCCAAUGGCUAUGCCAAGCUACACAUGUUAG